AGACUGAUAUGUUCACUGAAGCAAUUCCAGUUGUAUACUUUGCUCAAGAGUUUAACAUGAAUGGGCCACCUGCGAAAUUUGAAGUUGCAAUCAGUGUGGUUUCUGGUCCAGUUCUGGGACUCAUACUGCCAACAGUUAAAUGCAGGAGAUCUGUACAUCACGACACUGGGGGAGGGGAACGUGAGGAUCCAAAAGAUGGAGUGUGACACCUGCAAGGUUCUCACAGAGACUGGAAACUGUGUCUUGCAGUCAGUAAAGAGCCACAAGGUGCUUGUGCAGUCUGUCGAAGGAAACAUCAUAUGCCUGGGCACCAUUCAUGGAAACGUGGACAUCAGCACGUCUGGAAACAGUAUGGUCAACAUCAAAAAGCUCCAAGGAACCAGCAUGAAUGUGUCCACAGAGCAUGGGCCACUGAAGGUCAAAGCCAUUUACGCAGAGUCUACCUCCGUAUCCUCCACCUCAGGGAAAAUCGAGCUGGGACACCUGCAUGGGGAUGCCACAAUACGGAAUAAACUGGGGGAUGUAAUUGUAGAUGGGUCAAACGGCCACCUGAAGGUUUUCUCCCAGGAGGGGGACAUCGAUGCCUAUGUGGAGCAGCAAGGGUCCGCAGAGCUGCACAGCACGCAAGGGGCCAUCUCUGUGAGGGUCCCGGCCUCUAUGCGGGCGGCUGUGCUGCUGUCUGGAGCCUCGGUGGAGAUCAGCCCUCAGAUCACCUUACACCAGGUGGAGCAGGAGUCCACCAACGCCUACACCACCCUCACCGCCCUUCUGAACGGGAAGGCCGAGGGGGGGCAGCGGAUCAGGGCCCAGACGGAGAGCGGGGCCGUCAGCCUGAGGACCCAGAGCUGGUUUGAGUCGCUCAAGCUCGGCAGCUGAGGAGCCGGGGAGGACUGUCCUCACCAGACCUGUCACAGGGAGUCUUACCGAACCAGAGACUGGCAGAAUCAUUACAGCCUCGGGGAGCUUUCAGUAAUUGGUCGUGUUGUCUUUAUCUGUCAUCUGUUCGUCAGAUUGUUGAACAGAGUGGAGGCGUGGCGGUUUCAUUGCCAUUGCUGUAAAGGCCCACACCAACCGUACUCCAGUCUGUCCAAUUUCACUCCCAGAUCUGACAAAGCUACCUCCGUUUGGGGAACUACCUAUUAGCAUUAAACAUCAUUUCAGACGUCAUGUGUUGUGAGUGAACUGUAUUAACAUAAUAGAUUUUAUGUAUUCAUUUACAUAGGAGAGAAUGCCUUUUAAUUUAUAAUCAUAUUGUCAAGGACCUUGCCAAGAGCCAAGAAGGCUUGUAGAGUUCUGUUAAAUGUGUAGAUGCCAAACCAAGAAAACCCUUGUUUUUUUGUUGUUGUUGUUGUUGACUUUGUGGUUUACAAUUCUUUGUUAAAAGACGUUAUCAAAAU